AUGUUGGUGACAUACAUCCUGGCCUCUGCUUUGCUCGUCGGUUCUGUGCUGGGCCAGAGAUGCAGCACCAGGGAGGUCAUCCAUGACACCAGUUUCCUUAUUGAAAAGCUGAAGGACGAUCCUGUGUCCAAAUGCAGCUGCAAUGGCACUGUGACCAGCUGCUUGUGUCUCUCCAUCCCAUCUGAUGACUGUACCAUGCCCUGCUACCAGGAGGGACUGUCACAGGUGACCAAUGCCACCCGGAAAACAAAAUUCUGGAUUAUUUUCACCCGAGUGAAAAGGACAGCUGAUAUCCUGAAGAACAACAAGUGUCCACUCUUUUCCUGCGAAAAGCCCUGCAACCAGACCACAGCAGGCAACACGCUGUCAUUUCUGGAGCAUUUUCGGAUGACACUCCAGAAGCCACAGAUGCAAGAGAAAGAGCGGAGAAGCCGAGAGAAAAGCCGAGAGAAAAGCCGAGAGAAAAGCCAGUGA